UCGAUCCCAGGAGUCUUCUUAUUCCUUGCUUGUGCUAUCUAUCCAUAUAUAUAAAGGAGUGAGAGAAGAACACUUUCAGAGCUCGAGCUCAACAAGGUGUUCUAAUUAAUUAAGAUGGUGACCCGCCACCUAGCUUUCACGCUUCUCAUGCUUAAGCUUGCCGUCAUUGCGUUAUCAAGCACGCGGCCGAAUCCCUUGACCAAGGCAUGCCUCGGCGGUGGUGAUGGCUCUCUGCCGGCCGACGCCUACCAAACCACCUGCCCCCAAGCCGAAGCUAUCAUCUUCUCUUGGGCGGCGAAGGCGGUGGCCGACGACCCAAGGAUGGCCGCAUCUCUCCUCCGUCUCCAUUUCCACGAUUGUUUCGUUAACGGAUGCGACGGUUCGGUGUUGUUAGAUGACACAGAAUCCAUGGUGGGUGAGAAAACAGCUGCACCCAACUUGAACUCGCUGAGGGGUUUCCAAGUGAUCGAUGCCAUAAAAUCCGACCUCGAAGCGGUGUGCCCUGAGACUGUAUCGUGUGCUGAUAUCCUCGCCGUCGCGGCACGAGACGCCGUCGUUCUGUCAGGUGGACCUGGAUGGGAAGCUCAGACGGGGAGGAGGGACAGCUUGAGUGCCAGCAAGUCAGCAGCAAACAAUAACAUCCCUGGCCCCAAUUCCGACGUGACAACACUCGUAACCAAAUUCAACAACGUCGGCCUCUCCCUCAGAGACAUGGUCGCCCUCUCGGGAGCGCACACCAUCGGAAAGGCUCGAUGCUCCACCUUCAGCUCGCGCCUCAAGGGCAGCGGUGGACCUACAGGUGCUAACUCCGGUGACGCAGGAGUGGACUUAGACUUCCUUUCAUCACUGCAGCAGCUCUGCUCCGGAUCUGAUAACACAACAUUGGCAAUGCUGGACUUGGCAACACCGGCAACCUUCGACAACCAGUACUACGUCAACCUUCUCUCAGGUGACGGACUGCUUGCAUCUGACCAUGCUCUAGUUGCCGGAGGAGACAGUGGGACACGCGACAUCGUUCAGUCCUACGCAGACGAUCCGGUAGCCUUCUUUGAGGAUUUCAAGGUGGCCAUGCUGAAGAUGGGGAGCUUGAAACCGCUUACAGGAGAGAGCGGCCAAAUUCGUAGGAAUUGCAGGAGUGUUAAUUGAUAUUAAUAUUGAAUUAAAAGUUAAAAACAGCAGCAUUAAUGGCAUGCGCUCAGCUAGCUUAGCGUUUGAAGUGGUGUUCUACUUCUAGGCUGCUUCUAGCUCUAAAGGAAAUCUGAUUCCAGUAGUAUGUAUGUAAUAUGCAUGUUGUAGGCUUCAAAGUUGUGUGUUGCGUUUGUUUCUUACUUGUUGUUGA